AUGGCCUUUGGGCGCCCUUUGCAGAUUAGUCUCGUAGGGGGCUCUCUCGCAUCAAUCGCUUUCCGUGCCCUUGAGGAAGCAGUCGGAGGCACAGGCGAGAUAGGACAGUACGUCCAGCAGAGCUGCCCCGUGUGCAUUCCGGACGAGGUCAAUCGCCAGGGCCGUUUGCUUAAUCGUGUUCUGGACUUGCUUGAAGGCCAGGGUUUGGACUUUGACCUGGUAGAAGCCAGAGUGGCCGAAGUCGCAACCCUCUUGCCUCCAAGGCAGUUCGUACUGUGUGUGAGCGGGAGGGCCAACUUGGUGAGUCAGUUUUCUGUGGCUUCCCUGCUCUUUGGGAAGCAAGACUGGCUUGUGAGACCGCAGAGCUCCCUUGGCCGGAGGAGAGGCACGAUGUCAGCCGAAGGUGAUCGUUCGGACAGUGAGGCCAGCCAUGUCAGCAGGCCUUUUGCACUUAACCUUGUCUACCAUGGCGGCAGCACGAAUUUUGAGUACGAGGUCGGCACCCUUUCGGUUGGAGAGGAGCCGAAUCGCAAGACAGUAGCUGCCAUCUUUGUUUCUGAGUGUGAAGGCAAGGUCGUGACGGCUUUGCCGCAUAAAGCCUGGGAUCGCAAGACUUCAAAGAGAUCCAUCAAUACCCCUUUUUCGAAGGCUGCGUUGUGCGAGGUGCUUGCUGCUUCCUCUCAGGACAGAGCACAACCUGCCGAGUUUUCACUUAAGAUUUGGGUGGGCCUUUUGAGCUCUGACGUUGCUGCUUCUGCCUCCUUUGAAGGGCCUGGCAAUGGCAGCGAUGUCCGUUUCCUGACGCCGGAGGCCGGCCCAUGUCUUCCUUUUGCUGACGCCUUGGUUCAGGUGUCUGACGCGCAAUUUGGCUUCGCGACGGCCCACCCCCCAGCAGAUCCCUAUGAGGCCCGUUUUGCUGCGAUUGAGGCCUCGAUCUCGAAGCUGACCGCCACCUUUACCCGCGCUUUAGGCGAGCCUGCAGCCGCUGCUCAGCCUCCCAAGCCUCCAAGAGCUGCCAAGGCAAAGGUUAAGAGCGCUGCUCCCACCGGGCCUGUGCCGGGUACACCGGGUCGUGCAACAGAAGUCCCCGGUCUUGACCCUGCGUUAUACCGGGCCGCUGUUGAGUCAGGCAUUAAGCAGGGGGACCUCGCCGAACUUCAAGGGUUGCUCGCACAACCCAAGCACAGGCUUGCCGACUUCCCUGCCGGAGGCGGAGCUCUGGCUUCAGAAGGUCUCGCUUCGGGUUUGCAAAGCCCUGCGGCUUCAUCUGGAGGUGCACUCGAUGAGCCUCAGGCUUGCGAUGAGAUGACAGGGGCCACUCCUGUUGAAGCCGCGGUUCUCAGCCUGACAAAGAUAGUGAAGGAGCUGGCAAAGUCGAAGAAAGGACCUGACCAGGGCUCCUCUCUCGAGCGUGCUCUCGACCGUGCCGAAGGUUUCGGUGCUGCUGCUGAUUCGUCUGUAUCAAGCAGUGGUGGGAGAUCCAAGGCUGCAGCUUAUCGCAUUCUCCGAGAAGCUCUCGCGGCUGAACCUGUACAACUCUACACCAGCAUUGAGAGAUUGUUGGAGGAAGACCUCCUGCAUCGCCGCUUGGGCAGCUCGUUGCAGGCUCGCUGGGCAGAGUUGUGUCUUCAUCGCGUCCGUGAGCUGGAGGCGCAUCUGGAGGCAAAACGGAAGCUCGGCGGUAAGAACAGGCAGCCUCAUGGCGACGCAGGCCCCGGUGCUUCGUUUCUGGCCCGUCCGCGUUGCGAUGCCCUCCUGUCUGCGGCCGCCCGUGGCUGGGAUCGCAUUGCUCAAUCCGUUUCGUUGUGGGAUAGUGCUGAGCCCGUCGAUGCAUCAGCUAUGGGUCGUACGGCUGGCAAAGUCGAGCGGAUCGAAGGUCAACUACGUGCCCUCGCCACUGUCAGUCCUAGCACUCCUCGCGCCAUGUGUGAAGAUUUCAAUUUGGCAAAGGACAUUGAGGUGAAUCGCCUAAGUCUUCCUUCUUCACCUCCCAGCUUCGAUCCUUCACCUUUUCUGGAUGACACCAUGAGGUCGCUUUACCUAAGCCCUUCGCGGCACGCCUGGCCUAUCGAUGAGGCUGGCGAGGUUCCACCCCGCGUGCAGUGCAGGAUCGGCACCAAGCAGGAGAAGCUCGAGUUUCUCUCGGCUUUGGAUCAGAGUGGUCGGCUCGAGCUUUUCCCUGCUGACCAGUUCGAUGCCAGAACAGCCUGCGGACUGUUCGCCCUUCCGAAAGGGCUGGACACAGACCGCCUGAUCGUUGAUGCCAGGCCGUCGAACCUGUGUGUUCCGACAGACGUGCGGUGGCUAGCCACCAUGGCGUCCGCGUCAUCUUUACUUGGUAUCGAGCUGGACCAGGAUCAGCGGUUGUUCUUGUCCGGGGAAGACAUCAAGGACUUUUACCAUCAGUUUCGCAUCACAGUCGACAGGGCUGCAUACUACAGGAUUGCGGGGUUUUUUAGGCCUUCUGAUUUGAGUCAUCUCCGCAGCUUCAAGCCAUCCCUGCUGACUUCGAAGCGAGUUGUCGCUGCGCUGCGCUGCAUGGCGAUGGGUGACUGUAAUGCUGUUUCAGUUGGCCAAUCAUCACACCUCGGGCUGAUUUUGGCGGCCGAGCUUGUUGGCUGGCACCAGCUACUGACAAUGAGAGGCCCCGUGCCGCGCAGCCCAUGCAUGCUCGGUCUGGUAAUCGACGAUGCCAUUGUCAUAGAGAAGGCACUUAGGUGCCAAACGGGCGACACCGCUUCGCUGAGCAGCCAGCGCUUGAUUUCGGGCCUUCACUCCGCUUACCUUGCCUCAAAGCUUCCCCGACAUGAGAAGAAGUCCUUCUUUGCGGCUGAGGACGCAAGCUUCUGGGGCUCAGACGUUCUUGGUGAACUUGGACGCGUGCGCCCUGCGUGGGCUCGCCUCAUCCCGCUUGUCUCGCUGACAGUCAGUGCUCUGAAUCUUCCUCUCUUCACGGUGUCGCUCCUUGAGGUCCUUGCAGGCUCGUGGAUUUCGGUUUUGGCUUUCAGGCGUAGGACCCUCUGCCUACUCGAGCGCAUCUAUCUGCUACAGCGCGGUCGUUGCCGGACCGAGUGUGUGCGCGCCACCCCGGAGCUAAAAGCUGAGCUGUUCAGGUUGUGCGUCCUCGCUCCGCUGCUGCACACCGACCUGCGAGCUCAAACCAGUGGGCUCCUUCUCGCCUCGGAUGCUUCUGACUCUCUGGGUGCGUUCGUCACAACCCGUGUUACCAAGGUCUUUGGCCGAGAGCUCCAGCGUCACACCCCGGCUCGAGGCCUGUGGAACAAGCUGCUUUCGCCUGUCAAUGCCCUGCUGCGUCAAAAGGGCUACCUAGACCCAAACCUCGAGCUCCCAGGGGAGGUUUUCCGAACCCAUCCUCUUUGGACUACUCUCGUUCGGUCUUUGCCUUUUAAGCUCAGGGCGGUGUUCAGAAGGCGCAAGCGUGACCAUAUCAACAUCAAGGAGAUGGAUUCUUACAUUGCUGCUGAGGAAUCCCUCGCGCCGUUUGACUGGGAGUCGGCUCGAACCUUGGCUCUGGUCGACUCACAAGUUAUUUUGGGCGCCCUUUUGAAAGGCCGCUCCAGUUCUCCUGCUAUCAACUCCAGGCUUCGUGCUUCGUUGCCAGGCCUUCUUUUCUUCAAUCUUUUUCCUAACUACACAUAUAUCGCUUCAGAAGACAACCCUUCAGACGAUCCGACUCGCGGCAGGAGGGUCAGGCAGCCCCAGCUCGCUGAGCCGUCGUGGCUCGUUGAGGCCGAGCUCGGUCGUUUCGCCCAGCUGGAUCGUUUUCUGUGGGACUAUGGUUUAGAUCCUUUGCAGACGCAAGGUUUGGUUGAUCUGCAACGUGCCUUCAGCGAGCGUCGGGGUACUCCCGGUGUUGAAGAAGGUGUGCCAAGCGUUGGUGACCUCCCCACACUUGUCAGCUCCGAGCCGCUGGAGUGCUUGGAUUUUGGCACUCUCUCCUCUGCUGCUGCUGCUUUUCUACAAGGCUGCCCUCGAAGGCAGUUUCUCUGGCCUAGUGGACUUCAGCCUUCGCUCCGGACCAGGUUUCUUUCACCGGGCUACCUUUGUCUUUACGCAGGCAGCCGGACCGUCGCUAAGGAAACUGUCAAAGCUGGCUUUCCUUGGGCCCUCACCUUUGACUGGCUCCACGGUGCAAACCAGGAUCUCCUCUGCCCGAAGUUGCAAGCAGCCCUUCUUGCUGCCAUCAGCGCUGGUGCUUUUGCAGCUGUUGGCUUGUCUCCUUCGUGUCCGACCUUCAGCACCGCUGUCACACCGCCUGUCCGCUCAGCUGAGUGGCCGGCGGGUGUGCCUGACCUUUCACCUCACAACUCUGCACGCGUUGCCUGUGACAACGCCCACGCCUCGUUCGUCGGUCGUGUCGUUAGGCUUCUGGUUGAGUUCAGGGUUCCUUUUUGGGUAGAAGGCCCCGAGCGGAGUUGGCUAUGGAAGCAGCCUGACUUGCUGGCCCUCGUUACCGAGAGCUCAGAUCUGGGCUUCUGGACUUUCGACCACUGCAGCUUUGGCCGACCGUGGCAGAAGAGGACGAGGGUGCUUACUAGCACGGAGCUACGGUGCAAGACUGACCUGUGCACAGGAGGCCACGAACACAAGUCUCUUCGAGGAAGAGUUUCGAAAGGUUCUCUUUCUUGGACAAAGCUCGCCGAGACGCCGCCCUCUCAAGUAGCAGUAGCCCUCGCCAUGGCCCUUGCUGCUGCAGCUUCUGACUGUCGAUCGGUGAGCAGCUGUGUUAGAGACACGUCCAAGAGGAUCGGAGAAGCUAGCCAGCCUGGACCGCCUCAGCUGAAGCAGCCUCGUACCGGUUCCCUCUUUGACGUCGAGCUGGUGACUAAGGCAACGGCUGCUACACGCACACGUGUCUGGGACGCUUUCGUGCAGUGGCUCAGAGAACGCAUCUCUGAGAGUGCUGUGAUGGCGCUUUUUACGUGCCCUCCUUUGCUAGCUUUGGUACUCCGCGACUAUGCCGACGAGCUCUACAGGCCACACAUGAAGCCGGCAUGGGAAAUGGUGACAAGAUGGCAAGAGCUACAGCCUGUGACCCACAGAACUCCACUGCCAGAGAUGGUGCUUAAAGCCAUGGUGGGCAUAGCUUGGAUGCUAAAGUGGAGAAGAUGGGCAGCUGUCACAUUGGCCAUCUUCUAUGCUAUUAACAGGCCUGGCGAACUGUUAUCUGCUAGAAGAAGCCAAGUGCUUACUCCCUUGGACCUCCUGGAGCCGGAUCACGGCUGGAUGUACUUUUGUAUAAAAAAGCCGAAGUCUAGAAGGAAAGCUGCCAGGGUGCAGCACUCAAAGUUGUGCCAACCAGGUGUUCUGCAGUUCCUCACUCGCUUCUUCGAGGGUUUGCGCCCACACGAGCUACUUUACCCUGGUAGCCCUGGCGUUUACAGAAGAAGGUGGGACAAGAUUCUGGGCAUUUUAGGUCUGACUGCUGAGCUUCGGCUCACGCCAGGCUCUCUACGAGCUGGGGGAGCGAUUUGUGCGUUCCAACACGGAGCCACAGUAUCAGACCUUUUAUGGAGGAUGAGACUGCGGAGCCAGUCUACACUGGAGUUUUAUCUUCAGGAAAUGUCAGCAGUAUCGAUCGUCCCGCACCUCAGCCCAGCAGUUCGCCGACGCAUCCUUACUGCUGCCGCUGUCUGCCAGUCAGUUCUGCAAUAG